AUGCUGAAUUCGUCAGAUCAGAAAACCUUUCGUUACAUUGCAGGAGAUUUCACUUUUGACGAUUAUAGAGCUCGCUGGAGAGAGCGACUUUAUUUAGAGAGAAAUCUGACGCGGGUGUUACAACACCACCAACGGCGUUUGAUUGCAGAGGCGCCCCGUCCUGAGUCUCGGAAAGAGGGGCUAGUCACUUCGGCCGGAAUUGCUGAUAACGUUGCAAGUACAUCACAGGUGUCGCGCAGAGGAGUUGGCACUAUCAGAAGCACCACUACAUCCUCACUUCCCAUCCCUGAAAGCGUGGUCUCGGCCGUCUUGCCACCCACUGGCAUGGCGCCUCAUCUAAUGGCUUCGUUAGAGCCAGGUGAAACCCGUCAACAGCGCACAAAGAGCCUGCGCAGCUUGCGCGGCAGAAAUUCAACCACAGACUCCCAGUCAGAGCUGCACAUUGAUCUGAACAACAUUCGCAAGAAGCUCAAUUUCAAGACAAACCUUCUAGAUGAGGCUGAAAGAUCAUCGAAACGUCAAAAGCGCGACGCUAUCAAAUGCAAAUGUCAUCUUACUGUCUGGGACAGCAGCACGAAUGCGCCUACCUCAAUCCCCAAAGCAUUCACAAAAGAUUGCCUGGUGACAGCGACCGAGACAGCCAUCCAUGGCUGCUUUGUGAAUAUCGAACUGGAGAGUCCUUUCGUGAUUCGAAACCAGGACCUAAUGUUUACACGCGAUACGAAAGAUGGACUAAUCACGAGCUUGGUUGACAAGUACUUCAUGGAGAUAAAGAUUAUCCCGUGUCGAGUAAAUAGCCAAUGGCCGCCUAUACCACUUCUUGGAAAAAGUGAUGGUGACAAUUUCGCGCACGAUGUCAAAGCCGAUUUUGGAGAGCUACAGGGCGCAGUGGUGGCUCGGUACAUGCAUCUACCACAGGCUCCAGAUGCUGAUGUACCGCUUAGUAUUUUCUUCUUACAUGGAGGUCGAACUUAUCGGACGAAAUACGGGCUAUCAGUGGCAUCUAAAUGGACAUCGGCGUUUUCAACCUUACAAGCAACGAAUGGCAUCGAUCUGGAGUCAUUCAGAGAGCCUGCUUUGCUUCCUCCAACACCAACGACCAUCCCAAGAGGCGUGGUCGAUCGGCGCACCAGUACAAACACCCCAAGUACAAAGAUCACAACUAAAGCGCCAACUACUCUAAAAAUACCCACCACGCCCGAUGUUCACUAUAAGUUCAUCGCGACUUCAAGCACAGGUUUUGGUAAAUCCGAAGUCUUGCGACGGAACGUCACCAAAGGUUACAUCUGUCCAAUUUGUACGAUGUGGAAGUCAACCAAAUUGGUCAAUCUAGAAUUUCACCUUGCAACAACUCAUGCCAAGUACAAGUGGACGGUUCAUAAUGCUCGACAAGAUUUGACAAGAAGGACAUCUAAGCACAUUCUGAUUGAAUGUCAGCUUCUGCCACCCCCAAAGAAAGAAGAACGGAAAGACAACAUCUUCGCAUUCGAGUGGCAUGCUCCGCACAAGGCCUUCGACUUACCAGCGUUUUUGGGAGGCGACGACGAGAAGUGGAUAAUUGACCAAAAGCCACAACUGCCAAGUAUUCGAAAGACUGUCAAUCAUAAGAAAGCAAUCACACCACUUCUUCCCGCGUCACAAGUCCCCGAUUUUCGAGAGCCGCAGCGCAAGAAGUAUGCGGCAGUCAGCCGUCUGGUACCGCACAAAUCGGACAAAUCGGUUUACACUUCUGUCAGCCAUCGACCUGUUUCCCCGUCAGAAGAACCUCGCAGCGAAACAGAUGAUGAGAUCGAUAACGAGUGGCAGAUUCAACAACACUUGGAACGGCUCGAUAUCAUGGCAAAGAAAGAAGGCUGGAGUAACUAUCAACGAGAACUUCGCAAACGUUGGGACAAACACCGUAUGGAAGAACAUCUUGAGCAUUCUACAUAUCUGUCCAAUUCACUUGUGCGAUUUGUGAGGAAGAAUCGCAAGUGGCUAAGCAAUGGUGAAGGUGACCUUCUGGAGAUAUUUUUUGAUUAUCUUCAACGUCUCAAAGAACGGCAUUUCAUUGAUGACAACGUUAUCAUGGAUGUCAAUGAGAUGAUCUUUAACAGCCCACCCAGCCGCCCCUCCACAGCAAACAACACUCUUCUAACAAAUGGAUUCAAAAGCCCGGUAUUGAGAAAUGGGAUCAGCAGCCCUGUUCUUUCCAAUGGUUUUUCGAGUCCACCUCACAUAGAUGAUCAUGAUAGGGAGCUGGAGAGGGCCUUGAGGCCUAAUACUCUACUUACGCCGCAAAAGUCAACUGCCUCGACCAUGACUAAUGGGACACAUGAUUACAGUCCGACCACAAGUACACGACUUGCCAAAGACACAUGUGGUAUUUGUAGGAAACCCAUCAAAAAUGCAAUCAAGAAUGGAACAUUCUGUACAGAUACCGGCUGUGAAACUGCCAGAACCAUGUACCAUCAGAAAUGCGUGGAAAUCAAUUCUGCCAGGGGAAUCUCAAAUGGUAAGGGGAAAGCUAUCAACAGCCAUAGCUGGAUCUGUGUGGUCUGCGCCAAGCGGAGACAUAAUAGCCAUUUAGUGGCACAGGAAGGACACGAAGAGAAAGGGAUCGGAAGCACGUCCACAAAACAGCUCGAAAAUGGUCUUGAGGAACUGAUCGAGCCUUCAUUUGAGGUAGAGAAAAGCCCUCGACGACCAAGCGGGCGAGCUUUGAAUGCAUCUAUCGACCGCAAUGGAGGCAGGUUCAGUCGCCUGAGUUGA